CCUUCCUUUUUUUUUGUGUCUUUUUCUGACCUCCUUUCUUUUAUCUCAUCCAAAAUCGACCUAUAUAAACCCCCUCACUCCUUUCUCAUUUCACUCAUCCCACUCCUCACUUCCCAUUUUCAAACACUUUAAAAACAAAAACCAAACUUUUAAACAAAGUCCAUAAAUUUUAAAAAAUGGCCUCAACUACUCAAAAAUUCCUUCCAAUCCUACUCAUUUUCUCACUCUUCCACAUCAUUUCCGCUGCAAGAAACACCAUCCACGACCAACAACCAAUAGUCGAUGAUUCCUCAAACUCGAUGCUCCUCCAAUACCACCGUGGCCCACUCCUCUCCGGUAAAAUCUCCGUCAACCUAAUCUGGUACGGAAAAUUCACCCCUUCUCAAAAGGCCAUUGUAUCAGAUUUCAUUACUUCCUUAUCUUCCACCAAAAACCAUAAAACCAGCAUCAACCCAUCUGUUGCCACGUGGUGGAACUCCAUUGGCAAAUACUAUCACCUAGCCAACAAAAAGACCUCUUCACUUUCCCUCACUUUAGGAAAACAAAUCAACGACGAAUCCUACUCACUUGGAAAAUCCCUAACCAACAAACACCUAACCGAACUCGCUUCAAAAGGCGCGCAAUCCAACGCAGUCAACGUAGUGUUGACUUCAUCCGACGUGGCAGUAGCCGGGUUCUGCUCAAGCAGGUGCGGGACCCACGGCUCAGCCAGCUCCAAAAUGGGCCGAACCCACAGCAAGUUCGCCUACAUCUGGGUCGGAAACUCAGAGGCCCAAUGCCCAGGUCACUGCGCUUGGCCAUUCCACCAGCCCAUUUACGGCCCACAAAGUAGCCCAUUAGUUGCGCCCAACAACGAUGUGGGCCUAGAUGGGAUGAUCAUUAACUUGGCCUCAUUGAUGGCUGCAACCGUGACUAACCCGUUUGGAAACGGGUUUUACCAAGGCCCAAAAGAAGCUCCACUUGAAGUAGCAUCAGCUUGUCCUGGGGUUUAUGGAAAGGGAGCUUACCCGGGGUAUGCUGGUAAUUUACUAGUGGAUAAAACAAGUGGUGCGAGUUAUAAUGCAAAUGGGGUUAAUGGAAGGAAGUAUUUGUUGCCUGCUUUGUAUGAUCCUUCUACUUCCACUUGCUCUACUUUAGUGUAGAAAAAUGUAAUAUUGAGAGUAGUGAGGUAGUAGAAUUAUUAAAUUCAUUGAUUCAUUUUGUUUAAUUUGUAUCGCAUUUGCGAUUUUAAUUAAUACAAGUAAUAUUUUAUUAGCAAAUGGUUUAAUUUGCUGUCAUA